AAGUUUACUUGGGAAACUACAAGACUGUGUCGCAAGAGCGUGGCUCAGCAAUGGGCUACGGGCGCGUCGGGGAAGCUCGCCGGCGGGGCUGGGCUGCAGCGGGACGGUCAGUCUGGGCGGCGGGCGGCUGCGAGGAUGUGCUCAAUCAUAGAGAGCAGAGGAGUGAGGGAUGGUUACAGCUGUGGCUACUGCGGCUCCAGUGAGGGCAAGGUCUCUUUUAGAAUGUGGUCUCACACGAUGACUGUACAGGACUACCAGGACCUGAUCGACAGAGGCUGGAGAAGGAGUGGGAAGUAUGUUUACAAACCUAUAAUGAAUAAGACCUGCUGUCCUCAGUAUACUAUAAGGUGCCAUGCCCUACAUUUUCAGCCCUCCAAAACCCACAAGAAGAUCUUGAAGAAAAUGAAUAAAUUCCUGUCCAAAGGUGAAAUGCCUUCAAGAGAGUGCGAUGGUGAGCCAAUGGAAUCACUCUGUGAUGAGGAGGGGUCCCGAGAGACCCCAGUGGACUGCCUGGGAGAGGUCAGCGCGUCUGUCCAGGAACCGCUGGUGGUUGACCAAGAGACGCCAUCACCGGAGGGCACCUCAAAAGUGUCCAAGUCUGAGCCGCUGCAAACAGGUGGCUCCGGCGAGCGGCCUCGGGAGAGGACAGAGCAGCCGGCCCCAGUGCCGGCACCCAGCUCCACCAGAGCAGGCCCCAAGCCAGGGCUGGGAGUGGACCCCAACAGGCCUCCCUGCCGCAAGGCGAAGGAGCUGCGCAGGGAGCGGAGGCUGCAGAAGGAGCUGCAGAGACAGCAGGGGGGGUGUCCUGUGGACCACGGUCAGCAUCUGCCACAGUCCCGGCAAAACAGUCAGCCCCGCACCCUGGAGGAACUCGUCACUGACUCCUUGCCCACAGAUGCCACUCAUCAGGUGGAGGUGAGGCUAGUGCGGUCCAACCCUCCCAGCUCCCAGUUCAAAUCCACUUUCCAAGAGUCUUACCAAGUCUAUAAACGCUACCAGAUGGCCAUCCACAAGGACCCACCUGACAAGCCAUCUGAAAGCCAGGUGAAGCUAGUGCCGGUCUGCUUUGAUGACCCCGAGUUCACUGCGUCCUACAGCCAGUCUGCGGCCUUGUACGCCAGGUAUCAGAUGGCAGUGCACAAGGACGCACCCUCUGAAUGUUCUGAGUCUGAGUUCAGGAGAUUUCUCUGUGAUUCGCCACUUCAGGCUGAAAGUGCCCCAGACGGACCAGAUUGUGGCUAUGGUUCCUUCCAUCAGCAGUACUGGCUGGAUGGCAGAAUAAUUGCAGUGGGAGUGAUUGACAUCCUUCCUACCAGUGUGUCCUCAGUGUACCUGUACUAUGACCCAGACUUCUCCAGCCUGUCUCUGGGGUCCUACACUGCCCUCAGGGAAAUCGCUUUCACCCGACAGCUCCAUCAGAAGGCUCCCAAGCUCUGUUAUUACUACCUGGGCUUCUACAUUCACUCUUGCCCUAAGAUGAGAUAUAAGGGUCAGUACCGGCCCUCUGACUUGCUGUGUCCAGAGACGUUCGUCUGGGUCCCCAUCGAGCGCUGUCUGCCCAGGCUGGAUCACAGCCGAUACAGCCGUUUCCACGAAGACCCCGCAGCAGUGGAUGAGAGGGCUCUGAGGGACCUGGGCCGGACACUGGUGCUCCACCGCAGGACCGUCAUGCCUUACGCUGUCUAUGCCAGGAAACGCAAGGGCCCCAGUGACGAGAAGGAUGUGCAGCAGUAUGCUGGGCUGGUGGGACAGGUCUGCGCAGAGAGGAUUCUGCUCUACAGGGCAUAGGGACGGCAAGGAGGAAGCCACACGAUUGUCUGUCACCUGUACAAGAAGGCACACGGAUUGUAUUGCAUGUACAUCACCAAUAUGUACUGCAUUCUCUCUCGGUCUCUGCCAGCACCUCCACACACCCGGACCACAUCAUCACUCGCAGAUAUAUAGACACACGAACCCGUCCUUCAGUGAUCUCACCUUACAAGUAAUAAAGAAACACAGUUCCAAUUUAGCAACUCACAAUUAAUGGACCCACAUCUUUUUAUCAGAGAAUAAUUUGAUUUCUAUAGUUUCUGCAAUGAGUAUUAUGAUGUUUUCCUUCUGAUGAUGCAUAUAGGUCAAGCUAUUGAUUCAAGUGUUGCUAGUCUUACUGUGAGCCUGGUCAGUGGGGAGCUGGUUCAGUCAGGCAGCUGUGUUCACACAGACCCAGGCAAGUACAGGGCAGCCUGCUGGCACUUGAGCUUUUGUUAACCUUUUUGAGCUUGAUCUCAGCUGUGGAAACUCCUUAGGGUUUCACCUUUUUCCUCAUCAGUCACCCAUCUGUGUUUUUUUUUUAUUUGAGUGACCCACUCCCUGCUGGGACACAAAUGCUGCUUGCACCUCUAUCACAUGAAUCUAAAGCAGACUACUGCAUGUUAAAUCAAGGUGUCUGAACAUGCAUUACCUGGUGCCACUGUGUUUCAAAAUACUUGUCUUCUGCACAGUAUAAGUAGUGUAUAAACAUGAAAAAAUGCAUCAUUUUGAGCAAAGAACACUUCUUAAACUAUGGAGCAGUUAAUACUGUUUUUCCUCCUUUGGGAACAUAGCUUUUUAAAGGUAUAUUGUUAGCUUUCCCUUUUGUUAUUUUUUAUGGAAAAAGGAAAUAAUUUUGAAAGAAUAAUAGUUGAGAGCACCAAUUCCAGAAAUACAAAAGAAAGCGCCCGUGGACAGUGAAUGUUUGAUUUCGACUGAUUUGGUGUGUGGGUCAUCUUUACGCUAGUUUAAAAUCAGAGAGGCUUCAGUCAAAGGACAUCUUCUAGCUGCAUAAGUCUGAGUGAUGCACAAUGUCAGUUCUAUAAAGACAUUCAGAUCCGGCCCAGGUUCUUGUUUUGUAUUUAUUGGUGUUUUUCUCAGUGGCUGAAACUAAAUGAGGGAGGAGAUGCUGUUUUACAACUGUGUUAAUUUCUGUGUAACAAAUGCAGUCAUAGGGAAGCUUAAGUAAACAUGAUGGAAGUUUUCUGUCACAGUGCCGAAUUAAACUGGUGUUGCAAACGAGCAGAGCUGGAGCAGGUUUUCAUGCAGCCUGGCCUUGAGCACCCCUGCCUGUCAGUGCAGGACAAUGACAUCCCAGUAGCCAGCACACAUCCUACAGACGAGCAAGACCUACUGCUGUUCCUCUCAGGUGGUCCAUCUGGAGAAGUUUAUGUGGAACUGCUGGUUUUAUAAUGAGACCUCCUCUGUCAUUCAUUGAGUGUCCACUACACCCUUCCAAAAGCAGAGAGCUCAACAGUGCUAUUUUUUCUCCCAACACCACAUUAUGGAUGCAGGGCAAAUUGUGUUUUCAUAAAUACCUAAAGAAUAACUGAGAUAUUUUCUCAAAUACUUCCAGGUUUUGUUUUUACUUUAGACGAGAAUUUUUCAUGUUCAAAGCUGCAUUAGCAUCUCCAGUGUUUUAGAGUUACAAAAAACGUUUUGUAACCUUUUCGUAGUAAUCCUCAUGUCGAAGAUUUGUUCCUGUAAGAGCAAUUAACAAAUACACCGUUUUAAAGAUAACUUCUUUAAUAUGAAAAUAUCAAUUCUAAUUUGCAUAUCCUGAUAUGUCAGAACUGUCGGAGCACACAUUAGUUCUUUGAACAUGCUCUGCUUCUGUGCAUUGGAUUUAAAGACUGCACAUAAAAGCUCAGGAUCAAAGAAACCAUCAUUGAUACUCAAUGUGAGCUGCCGAAUUACCAGACCUUUAGUAAUUGUGACUAUAAGUUUAAUUAAAUUCAAAUGAAAAAGCAUUUUUCAGGAGCCAGUAGAAUUGGCUCAGAACUAGCUUCAGAAUGUUUUUACCCCAAAAAGUGAAGCUGAUGGUUUUUCUGAAAGCUCCAGAUGAGACAGUGCUGGUGGUUAAUUAGCUGUUUCAGUGUUUGAAUGCUUGCCAGCCUCUCUUUUGAUGUAGUGUGGUCCCAAAAAAAUGAAAAUUUGAAAAUUCUAGUCUUUAAGAAGUGUUCAGCUCAGGACUGUUUUGUUAGAAUGUUUAAUUCAGCAGGAAUAAAGCCCAUAAAGAGCUAUAAAAGUACCCCUUCCAUUUCAAGCUAAAUGAUGCCAGUACCUGUACCUUCCCCUAAAUCAAGUAGUAAUUAGUGCAGUUAAGUGUUUAGAACAAGACUAGGGCACAACCAGAUGGAGGUGCCAGCCUUAUACAUGACAGAUAAACCCAUUCAGAGCUAAACUAAUUUAAAAGAGCAUCCUUAUUUAUCCUAAAAACAAACUGACAUUACACCCAUGUUGUGAAUCCAUCCUUUCUGUGUGGUGUACAAAGCCUAUUCACCAGGUACUUGUUUAUAUUCACUACAUUCUGUGCUCCAAUAACAUUGUCUCCUUUUCUAAUACAUGAUUUUAAUAUGGCAGGGCACUGUACCUUCUAGAAUGUUUGUGUGCUCUUCUAGUUUUGGAGCUGCUGUCCCACCUACUGUAGCUAUUGAGCUACCUAUUGAGCUGGGUAGAAAGGCUGUCCACUUACCUGCCUGGAGUGAAAACCAUCCAGUAGAGUACAUGCUCUGUGCUGAACUACUUACAUACAAGGAGGUUGGAGGUGUUUAUAUGACAGACUGAAAAUCAUUCUCCUCGUACACCCAGAAUAUGUGCCAGAUGUCCUCACCAGACCAGACCCAUGGUGAUACAGAGUAGGUGACACCAUACUGUAUAUGUAUAUUUCAAAUCUGGAGAGGCUUUUCUAAAAUUGCUUCAUUUUUGCUUAAAGAAAAACUCAAAUUUUGUUUUAAGACUUAUUUCUGUAUUAAAAAGAGAGGAUCAUUUGUUGGUAUUUUAAAGAAGUUGAAAGAUUUAGCUGAGGAUGGAACACAAAAAAGUUAUAAAAAGAAGAUUACAGAGGGAUUUUACCUCCAGCUGGUAAAAUACUGAAGCGGCUUUGAUGUCCUUGGCCAUUAUACAUUAGAGAAGGAGCCAAGAUACCAAAGAAAUCUAUACAGCAUGUGACUCACUAGGCGUUCAAUGGCUUAGACUGUCUUCAUUGAGGAAUUUAUAGCACUUCUUAAAAACAAGAAAGCUUUUUUUUGUGGAAUUCAUCAUAUUUCAUUUGAGUAUCCAAAGUCACAAAUAUAUUAAAUCAGUUAAAAGAAAUGGCACAGUGCUCAAUUAAUGCCCUCAAUUUUCUGUUUCAGUUUUUUUCUUUGUCUUGUGUACAUCUCGAUGUCCAUAUGCUACAUAAUAAAAUCCACAUUGU